AUGCAAGAUUCAAUAUCAACAUAUCAAGAUACCCUUAAUUAUCUUUACAGCCUCCAUGCAUCCCGCCACCACAACCCAAUCCCUGUAAUCCGCUCCUUAUUACAAAAAAUCGAUAAUCCCCAUUUGUCCUACAAAGUCAUCCACAUCACAGGAACCAAAGGUAAAGGAACCGUGGCAACUCAAUGUGCAGCAGUUCUUAGAUCUGCAGGCUAUAAAGUAGGCUUGAUGACUUCUCCUCAUUUAGUAGACUUUUGUGAGCGUUUCCAAGUGGAUUUUCAAUACAUACCUCAGUCUUAUGUAGCAGAGAACAUCCCGAUAAUUCGCAAUAUCAUUAUCGAAAAUAAAGGACCUCUCAGCUUCGCCCUUAUGGCAUAAUCUAUUCUUAAUUAAAUAUAACUAAAAGAAAAUUUUUAUUUUUGCUUUGAAAUAAUUGCCCUAAUUAAAUUAAUAAAAAAUAUUCAUUAGGCUUUAAAUAUUUCAGAGACCAAAACUGUGACUGAGCCGUAAUUGAAGUUGGCUGCGGCGCCACCCACGACUACACAAAUGUUGUCGAGCCUGAGAUUUCUGUUAUAACUUCUAUAGGCCUCGACCAUUGCCACAUCUUUGGAAAUACUUAUGAAGACAUCGCCCUAGAAAAGUCUGGGAUCAUAAAAUUCCACAAACCUUGUGUAGUUGGCCCAAGUUGCCCAACAAAAGAAUUUUUAAGAAAAGUCGCAGAAGAAAAAGAAGCUGAAAUUUAUUUUGUCGAAAAAGGAGAUAGCUACGAAACAUUUGACCAAGAAAAUUCUAAUAUCACAAGGCAAAUUUUUAAGGCUUUAAACCAAAAAGAACAAAUUGUAAGGGAAAGUGAUAUAGAAAAAGGGGUAAGAUGGAGACCACCGUGCAGGAAACAAGUGAUUAAUGCAAAUGGGAAGACAGUGAUUUUAGAUGUAGGGCAUAAUCCUAUGGCUUUGGAAAGGCUUUUUGCUGACUUAAAUUUAAGUUUUGCUGGGAAAAGGAUUAGGGUUGUCUUUGGGAUGGGAAAAAAGAGAGAUGAUCGUGAGUUGUUGGAAAUUGUCUGUAGACAUGCGAGCUGUUUGCAUUUAAUUACAGCUAAUAAUGAGCUGUUGUUUGGGUAUCAGGAGCUUGAAAAUACUGCAAGAAGUAUUAAUGCAGAAAUUGUGUCGAUUUCUGGACAUAUUAGUAGUGUUUUGCCGACGGCGAUUGAGGAGAUGGAUCAGGAGAAUGAAAUUUUGUUGGUUGUUGGGUCGUGCUUCAUUAUGGAAGGAGCUAAAUCAGCGUUAGAACUGAUUGGAGCUGAGGUUAAUCUUAGUUUAGAUAGAGAAUUUUAA